AUGGCUGAAAUGCAUUCCAUGGAGCGAAGGAUCCUGGAAGCGAUCUCUCGUACUAGAAGAUCAACGGCGGAUGAGGAGCCGCUGCCUGCUGCUUACGCUCAGCUCCCUCCCACGGAGCCAUUCGAAGAUCAUCGUCCUCACAGAAGAGCUCGAUCAACGGCGGAUGAGGAGCCGGUGCCUGCUGCUUACGCUCAGCUCCCUCCCACGGAGCCAUUGGAGGAUCAUCGUCCUAUCAGAAGAGCUCGAUCAACGGCGAAUGAGGAGUCGGUGCCUGCUGCUUACACUCAGCUCCCUCCCACGGAGCCAUUGGAAGAUCAUUGUCCUCAUAGAAGAGCUCGAUCAACGGCGGAUGAGGAGCCGGUGCCUGCUGCUUACGCUCAGCUCCCUCCCACGGAGCCAUUUGAAGAUCAUCGUCCUAUCAGAAGAGCUCGAUCAACGGCGGAUGAGGAGCAGGUGCCUGCUGCUUACGCUUAG